AGUUGAAGUUUCACACGUGCGUGCGUGUGUGAAAAUUUUGUUUUUAACUUAUUUACAAUGGAUUUAUGGUCAUAAGUACAUAUUAUAAGUAAAAAUGUUAAAAUCUAAAGAGAUACCCGAUGACCUCCCGGGAUUUGAGGCACCAGCGGAGGUCGCAACUGAAGAAAAUGAAUCCCAAACUCAGAAGAAAAAAAAGAAGGCAUCUGGCGGUUUCCAAUCGAUGGGAUUGAGUUUCCCGAUCCUAAAGGGAAUAACUAAAAGAGGCUAUAAACAGCCAACUCCUAUUCAACGUAAGACAAUACCAUUGGCUCUAGAAGGAAAAGAUGUCGUUGCUAUGGCAAGAACAGGUUCAGGUAAAACUGCAUGUUUUGUACUGCCAAUGCUGGAGAAGCUGAUUGCCCCGACAAAUAAACCCAUUCCCGGGAAGAACUUCAGAGGCCUCAUCCUGUCUCCCACCAGAGAAUUGGCUUUACAGACACUAAGGUUUGUGCGAGAGCUGGGAAAGUUCACCGGCCUAUCAUCAGCUGCGAUACUGGGAGGAGAGUCAAUUGAGCAGCAGUUCAGUGUGAUGUCAGGGACCGCUCCGGACAUUGUUGUGGCUACUCCGGGACGAUUCCUGCACAUCUGCAUAGAAAUGAACUUGAAAUUAGAUAAUAUUAAAAUGAUAGUAUUCGACGAAGCCGAUCGCCUAUUUGAGCUUGGUUUCGGUGAACAACUGAGGGAGUUAGUAGCGAGACUACCAUCCGCUCGUCAGACCCUUUUGUUCUCAGCCACACUGCCCAAAAUGCUCGUAGAAUUCGCUCGAGCCGGGCUCUCAGACCCAACAUUGAUAAGAUUGGAUGUAGAUUGGAAACUUCCGUCUACACUAUGGCUUGGUUGGAUCUCCGUAAGGGCUGAGUUGAAGACUGCAGCUUUACUGCUUCUGCUGGACAAAGUAUUGACGAGUACAACCCCACAAGCAGUCGUAUUCGCUGCCACGAAACAUCAUGUCGAAUACUUACAACUGGUUCUAAACAGAGCCGGGAUAUCGUGCACAUGUGCCUACUCCGGCCUGGACGCGUCAGCUCGUAAGAUCGCCCUAGGGCGGUUCUCCAACAAGAAGUGUUCAGUAUUGCUGGUCACGGACGUCGCCGCUCGAGGGUUGGACCUACCCGCUUUAGACACCGUCAUCAACUAUAACUUCCCGGCCACGCCGAAGCUCUUUGUGCAUAGAGUUGGUCGAAGCGCACGCGCGGGUCGCGCCGGCCGCGCAUUCUCCCUCAUAGCAGCAGAAGACAUCGCUCAUCUCCUAGACUUGCAACUAUUCCUGGGAACAGAACUCAAGACCCCGGCUGAGAUAGCGGAACGCGGCGCCACCUGCCCCAGUGGCGUGUGGGGCGCGAUACCAACUAGUGCUCUAGAACUGAGACAUCAAGACGUCAUGUCUUGGGAAAGGGACUAUUCAGAGAUUGAAGACGCAGCCCGCGUGUGCUCACGCGGCCUCCAACAGUACGUGAAGUGGCGCGAGCCUGCAUCAGCGGAGGCCAACAAGCGAGCGAAGACCACACCCUUGCCCACACUCACGCAUCCAUUCUUGGUCGACGAAAACAGCGAAGCUGCCAACUUGAUGGUGCAGCAGAUCAAGAACUAUACGCCUAAAGGGACAAUAUUAGAACUGUCAGCUAAGACAGAGUCUGCUAUGUAUCAAGCAAUGAAAGCGAAGAAACAAAAACACGGAAAAACAGUGGAUAAGGUUCGAGAAAAUAAGAAAUUACAGGCGGAAGGUUUGUUAGAGAACGAUCUGAAAUCAGAAGUCAGUAAGAAAAAGAAGAAAGAAGUUGUAAGAGAUGAGAACUACAUACCUCACUUCGCUAGUGAUCAACACACGGAAGCCGGUAUGGCAGUGAACUUCAACGCGGGCGCGGCGGCGGCCGAGCUCGACAUGGGCGCGGAUAGCGGCGAGGGUGCGCGGCAGCGGCGUAACCAGAUGCGCUGGGACCGCAAGCGGAAGAAGAUGGUGCAUGUGGACCCGGACGGCGGCCGCAAGAUGAUCCGCACAGAGAGCGGUGGCCGCGUGCCGGCGUCGUACCGCAGCGGCAAGUAUGACGAGUGGCGCAAACGGAACGCGCCCGCCGAGGCGGACUCCGACGACGAACCCAGAGACAACACUAGGAAGAAACCAGUAUCGGAAUUCCGCCCGCACUGGGUGAAACACAACGAGAGGAUAGACAAGAAGAAGGCGACGGCGUCAUCCAAGGAGUUCCGCGACAAACAGCAGAUCGUAAAGGAACGCCUGCGCAAGGAGAAACUCAAGCAACGACUCAAGUUCAAAAACAACAAGAAGAAGAAAAGGAAGUAAACUUUAAUAAACUACUGUAUAGAUUAUAUAAUA